AGCUUGAGUAGUAUUAAAUUUGUAUGAAAGCAACGCCCCUGACAGAUCUAGAAGUAUAGGGAAUAACAGGGAUACCAAUAAUAACACCGUUUGGAAUACUUAUAAGGAUACAUCAUUAAUAUUACACUUAAUCAAAAAACCUAAAGCAUGAAGAUGAACAAGUUGUUGAUAGUGGCAAUUAUAGCAGCUGAGAUAUUAUCAAUAUUUUCGGCAGACGGCGAGCCAAGUACUUCGAAUGAGGGCUCUUUAAAAUUUGUGAAGGAGUUGAAUCAACUGUUAUCACCAAUUAAGAGAAUCAAUGAAGAAGACUACUGCAGUGAUAAAAGAUUAGGUUGCAAUGAAUAUAGCCAGAUCAAUAAGCUUGAAAUAAUCGGUAAUGAUAUAAGUGUAUUUCCUGUAGCUGCUGUUGUAUCAAUUAAAGAUACAUUGCAAAUUUUAUCAAUAAGAGAUGCGAAUAUAAGUAGUAGUAUUCCAAAGGAACUUUAUGAGUUGAGUGAAUUAAAAAAUCUGGCUUUAGAUGGGAACAGUUUUAGUGGUACUUUAGAUGAUAAGAUCGGAAAUUUGAGUAAAUUAGAAAUAUUAGAUUUAAGUCAAUCAAAAUUAUCUGGCAAGAUACCUGAGGCUUUAUAUUCAUUAAACGAACUGAAAACUCUGAAACUGCAAGGGAAUAGCUUUAAUGGAGGUUUAAGUGAUAGUAUUAAAAACUUAACAAACUUAGUAGAUUUUAACAUAGGUGAAUUAAAACUGUCUGGUAGUAUACCUGACAGUCUGUAUUCAUUGAAGGAAUUAAAACAUUUGGUAUUAAGAGGAAACAACUUUAGCGGUAGUUUAAGUCAGAAUAUUAGUAACCUGAUUAAUUUAUUAGAACUUGACUCAAGUAGAUCAGGUCUGUCUGGACCGAUACCUGAGGGUCUAUAUUCACUAGUCGAAUUGAAAGAAUUGAAUCUUUCAAGCAAUAAUAUCAACGGUACUUUAUUAUCUAAUAUUGGUAGUAUGGUUGGGCUAAAGACACUAGAUCUGAGCACCAAUCAAUUAAGUGGCACUAUACCAAGUGAAAUUGGUAAUUUAACUAAUCUCGAAUAUUUGGAUAUAAGUGUGAAUCAAUUUGAAGGUGAUAUUCCUGACCUGAGUGGUCUGAAAAAAUUAACUAAUAUGAACAUUAGCUCAACAAAACACAAUUUGAAUGCAAAUUGUGAUGAUGCGAUGUUACCUCCAUCUAUCGAAAAGAAAAGUUGUUUUAUUAGACCUGUGAGUAGAUUGUGCAGUAAUGUCACACGCUGUGAAUAUAGUGAUAAGCCUAUGCCUAAGUCAUCAGUUGAUUCAAUGUUCUAUACAUACGGAUUGAAGGUGGUUGUUAUGAUGUUAGUGUGUAGAACUGGAAUAGAGAUAAUGUCAAAUUAGAAUUUGAAUCGUAACAUGCAAUUUAUGCAGGAUAAUAAAUAAUUAUAUAUAAAAUAUGAAUUA